AUGUUCUACAUUACUCUACGGGAUGAUUUGGAUUACCUUGAUGAUAAACACACCGUGUUUGGGAUGGUUGCUGAAGGUUUCAAUACACUGCUGAAAAUAAAUGAAGCUUAUGUUGACGAUAAAGGAAGACCAUUCAAGAACAUAAGGAUUAAACAUACAUACGUCUUGGAUGAUCCUUUUGAUGAUCCUCCUCAGCUUGCUGAACUUAUUCCUGAGAAUUCCUCCAAAGGAAAGCCACGUGAUGAGAUUGGAGAAGAGCGCUUAGAGGAUAAUUAUGUUCCUCCGGACGAAACAGCGGCUCCUGAAAAACUUGAGGAGAUGAUCCGUGCUAAAGAGGCACAUACAAAUGCAGUAGCCCUUCAGAUUAUGGGAGAUAUUCCAGAUGCUGAGAUCAAACCUCCAGACAAUGUCUUAUUUGUUCGCCCAAUUAACCCAGUAACACAAGAUGAAGAUUUAUAUACAAUUUUCUCUCGUUUUGGAACUGUGACAUCGGCUGAAAUAAUUCGUGACAAGAAGACUGGACACAGCUUAGGUUUUGCUUUCAUCGAAUUCGAAACAAAGGAGGCUUGCUUGCGAAUGUGCAUAUUCCCAGUUUCAGGUCAGAAUCGCAGAUUCUCAUGUGAAUGUGUAUUUGCAGUAAUGAUGAAAAAAUGUUUGAUUGAUGACCGGAGGAUUGAGGUUGAUUUCGGUCAGAGUGCUUUCAAGUCAUGGAGCCAAUUCAGACAAAGCAAAAGAGAUGCAAAGAGAGAUUAUAUGAUACCAUUCCUCAUUGCACAUGGGUGCUUCAGGUGUGGUGCCCCUCAUCACCUAGCUAGGGAUUGCGACCAAGAUGGUGGCCAGAAAAACAAAGGCCUUCUGAAAGGCAAAAACACAAAGCACAGUGGAAAUUAUGGUCGAUGCUAUGAUCUAGUCUUUCACGAAGACAGCGCUCAUUCUGAUACAAAAGAUCACGAAAAUGGUCAUAGAAUAAAGAUUCAAAGAGUUGAUGAUCAAAGAUCAGAGCAACCAUCUCGGGGUGAUCAUGGCAGAAAAACUGUGAGAAAAACCACAGUGAUUGGAAAGGAAGCUGGCAUGGUAAAGAUGAGACGAUAA